AUGAUCAGACAGACACCCUACACCGUAGAAGCCAGAUACACUUCCACGACACCUGCUUCAGCUACCGUAUUGAGAGACAUGAGAAGUAUAGCCUACAAGGCUCUAGCUAUUAAUUGUAUUGAAAUGCCACAAGACAAGCUACAGUUGUCAAUACUGCAAAGACGUGCCGUUCUCGUCAUGACUACAGGCAUCAUUAAGGCUUAG